AUGGACAUGGCUGGUCGCGAUCUCACUGACUAUCUCAUGAAGAACCUAGCAGAGCGUGGGCACCCAUUUACAACGACUGCAGAACGGGAGAUUGUGCGCGAUAUCAAAGAGAAAUUCUGCUAUGUUGCCCUUGACUACGAGCAAGAGAUGCGGACCUCCGAAACAAGUUCUGCACUUGAGAAGUCAUACGAGCUCCCAGAUGGACAAGUCAUCACAAUUGGUAGUGAACGAUUCAAAACACCCGAAGCCCUCUUUCAACCCGAGGCUCUUGGACUCGAGGGUGGUGGCAUUCACAUGGUUGUAUAUGAGUCGAUCCUCAAAUGCGAUAUUGAUGUUCGCCAUGACCUCUACAACAACAUUAUUAUGUCUGGCGGCACUACCAUGUACCCGGGGAUAGCAGAUCGAAUGCAGAAGGAAAUGACAGCUCUGGCCCCAUCUUCUAUGAAGGUCAAGAUUGUUGCUCCACCAGAGAGGAAGUAUUCGGUCUGGAUUGGCGGCUCUAUUCUUGCAUCUCUUUCAACAUUCCAGCAAAUGUGGAUUUCAAAAGCUGAAUACGAUGAGAGUGGCCCGUCUAUCGUUCAUCGAAAAUGUUUCUAA